CUUUCAGGUAUAGUUGCAUGUGCCGGGGAUGUCGGUGUUUGUGGAUGCCCCAUAUGUACAUGUUGACUAUCCACAGGUAUGCAAUCUUGCGAUGAAUCAUUUAAUACACUAUUAGGAGCUUCCGUUAUGUUUCAUCUGGAUGAUUACAGUUUUAUAAAUAAUGGCUCAAACGUAGAGUGGGAACGGAAUUUAAAACGCAUCGCUCACAUUAAAAACGGCACUGUAUUCAAUGGCAGCCUUCCAAGUCAUAGAAUAUACCAGUUAUAUGAGAAUGGUACCCUUGAGAUUAAGAAUAUUCAGAAUGAAGACCAUGGAAAAUAUGUUUCCAGAAUCAGAGAUGAAACUGGAAAGAUACAUAGUUCUACUUAUUGUUUGUUUGUUUAUGAACCUGUUGAUUCGCUCAUCAUUAAUCACUCUCAAAAGAGUGGGACGUAUGGACAUUUAACUUGUAAUAUUACUCUAGAAUGUUCCACAGGAAAAGGUACAAAUGUAACAUUCUCCUGGAACAAGACACCAGCUGAUACGGGUUCUAUCAGUGUUCAUAAUGGAAGCAUCUUCCAUGAUGUGGAAGUCACUAAUGUUACUAUUGCAUACACAUGUGAAGCAAGAAAUCCUGUCAGUUCAAGAAGUGCAUCAGUUAAUAUCACAGCAAGCUGUCAUGAGAACAAACCUGGUUUUUUCUGGAUUCUGUCUGCUGCUGGAGCAGGAGGAAUUCUGAUUCUGGCUGUAAUCCUUGUGUUCUGUUACUGUAAAAGGAAACAAAAGAACAGUAGACGCGAUGACAUAAACACAUAUUAUGAUACCAUUCCAAAUAACAAAGCUGAUGGAAUUCAGACUACACCACCUGAUGGAAGUAUAUCAGUAUAUGCUACAGUACAAGAUAUGGAUUUGACUCCAUCGCCACUGAAGAAAAAGAAUGAUUGUGUCACAGUAUAUUCAACUGUGUCAUCUGUAAAGACAAAACCAGCAACCAAAGCACAAAAAUCAAAUCAACCGCUGACAGUAUAUGCAACGGUGGAGUCUGUAAAAAAGAAGAGACACAGUAAGAUACUGCAGUCGCCUACGUCAGUUACUAUAUAUGAAGAGGUGAAAGUUCCAGAAAGCCAGAAGGACAUGAGCCACUAUGAGAAGUGAAGUGUUACUCUUCAGUGAUAAAAUGUCUAAUAAAAGGACGUACCCAGAUUUAUAUAUGAAAGAAAGAAAGAAGACUGUUGUCAUGUUAGAGUAUUACAUAGCAGAAGGAGAAAAGAGAAACUUGAUUAAAUAGCUGCAUAUCUUUUCCUAGAAUAUGUAACUGUGCUUUUACAGAGAGCCGCUGUUGCUAUGAUUAAAAUGACUGCAAUACCUAAGAGUGACCUAACAUAUCAACUCAAAUGCUUGGCCAGGAGGAGGAAGAGAUGGUGAAGAUCUGCUUACCCAAUACUUCCUUGUCCAUAGCUUGGAAUAUUAUGUUAAACUGAUUUAUAAGUGGAGAUUAAAGUACACCCGUACCCCAAUGAUUGUGUUUGCUCCUGACUAUACAGUGGAAGAACCCAAAAGCUGAACAUUUUAAGGUGAUAUUUUGUAAGUUGCAGUGAAAUUUGGUACUGAUACCUCUUUGCUUUGUAUUGUACUAAAAUAAUAUUUUUAAAUAUUUUUCAAUAUGCUCACUAAUUCAUGUAUUUAAGUUAUAUAGAAUGUUUUUAUCUUAAACAAAAAUGCAGAGAGCUUUGAAACAAAAUCUAAAUAAAUGCAAUUAAAAUAUUAUGUUCUUCCAUCUGUGCCUACCGGCCAUCAGCUGCUCUCCUCCUAUCAGUCUUGACCCCAUUGGUUCCCUCACAGCAAGGGUCCCUACGUGCACAAGGGUGAAAGUUAAUUGGAGAGGUCCAUUAUCUAGGCCAACAUAGAGGAGUUUAUGCCUUUGUCUGCACUUUUUCAACUGUGCAUCAUCAAAGAAGGGAGUGCCAUCAUCUAAGUGGGAGCUACCCAUGUUUCAGGAACUGUGUCUCCACAUAUGGACACUACAUAAUACCCUCAUCCAGUGGCUACAUCACUUUUAGUGCAGCUUGUGUGGGAAUUUCUAUUAGUACUAACCCAUCACCGUAGGUGGCUGAUGUAGCCAUUUACAUCACUGUGAGAGCUUACUAUGCCACCCCCUUAUUGGUGUCUGCCCCUCUCCAUAUGCUGUGUAUGGGUUACCAAAACUGGUGCAUUUAGCACCAAACCUUUAGCCUCAGUUUCACUGCUUUCAGUUACCUACGGCCUUUACUUGCUACUGGCAUACACAGCAGAGUAGGACCAUGUAUUUCUCCCCUCAGAUUGAGGUAGCUGGUGUUGCCUAAUUAUUCCCACCCACUACCCCUAAUUUUGCUUCUCCAGUGCCCAACUAUUAACCAGACUCAGGUUGUUUGGGGCAUAGUUAGGGUUUAUUGCUGUGUGUCCAUGAGACAACUUUAGCUUUGAGAGCAUGUUAAGGAAUCAUAGAUACAGCUACAUUGCCUUGGGAAAAUAGCAUGCAUGAGAUGGGGGAGGGGGCAGCAAUGCAAAAAGUCUGUUAUAAUGAGGAAAGGGGGGUUGUGUAAAGGUAAAUGGGUAGGGAGAGGAAGAAUAUAAAAAGCCACAGGUAGCCAGGCAUGAUCUCUUUUCAACAGCAGAGCAGGAUGGAGCAGAACAAAAAAGGCACACAGGGAAUGGUAGAAAAAGCAGUGGUACACAGGAAUGACCCGGAGAAGCAAUGGGUAACUAAGCAACAAAAAAACAGUGAUGAACAUACCUCUCAACCAUACUGAAUUCAUUGGUAUUUACUGAUUUUGAGGAGAAAAUAAUGGGGUGCCACAAAUUCCCGAGUGGUACCUUCAAUUUCCGUUUUUUUUUUUUUUCAAUUUUUUAAUUUUUUUUUAUUUUUUAGUUAAGUUGUUGCUGACGUCAUCAUGCACAGGGGCACACGCAAUGACUUCAGCUUUGUGAGGUAGACUGCCAGCCUAUCAGAAACUGACCUGAAGGCUCAGACUGUGUCUUUGUUUGUUUACUUUUUUACUAUAAGUAUGUACGUUCGUAUAUACAUCACCUUGUGGAUUUAGAAUAGCAGAGAUGGGAGAAAGGGCAGGACAGCAGGCAGCACUACAGCAGCGAUCAUACUGAGGAUGGGUCCCGGAGCUCUACAGGAUCAAGUCAGACUGUCCGACACCCAGUCCCAGACAAUGAAGAACAGCAUUUAAAAUGGGUUGUUCACUGCUUUUUUGUGGUCCUCAAAUGAAUAAACGGAAUGAAACCCUUACCUGGUAAAUGCAAACUAUCCAAGACUAAUGACAGUAAAAGUAAGCAGAGAUAUGGUGUGCAGCUUGUAGAAGAAGCCAGUAGUAAUAUCCUUACCUUACUGCUCGUUAAUCAUUCGGAAAUGUUUGUAGUUUAUAUCCUUUACAUAGAGGCACUAGUACUAUCUGUCAAGUGUUCUCAGUUAUCACCCCUUUUUCCUUGCAUUAACAGAACAAUAAACAAACGCAGAAUAGUGGCUUUAAGAUGA